AUGUCUUGCUUUUAUCGCCAUCUCCUACAAAGAAGACAAGAUAUUCUCCCUCAAAAACUCCUUCAAAAACUGCAUCUCCGUCAAGAAAUACACCCCCUUCGAAGUUCACUUCUCCACGACUUUCAUCCCCACGACUUUCACCUUCUAGACUUUCAUCUCCACAACUUUCAUCUCCAUCAGCAAACCCAAACAAUUCGGGAUUUGAGAGGAUUACUGACUCCAAAAGUCUCUUCCAGCCCACACGAUUAUUCCCGACUGCUAAAGAGACCCCGAAAAGAGAACAUAAUCCAUUUCUUGAGCGAAAGGAAAAGACAUCGAAAUACACUCUUUGUGAUCUCUCGACACCUACUACAGACGCCGUUUAUCAUUGUGCAUUCCACUACUGCAAGUUCUGUACUGGAAAUCGUUUCCUAUAUAAAGAGCACCUUCUCAAGCUGCAUCCAAAGGAGUUGA